CUCUGUACAUGCCCACAGAAUCUGAUCCCCCUCUGGCUCUACUCCUACAUAUAAAAAGAAGUCCACUUUCUUAGAUCCUUCAUUGCCAGCCUCCCAGAAAUCGAAACCUCUAUAAUCACGUCACGGUACACGCUACACAUAGACUAGACAGAUUGACCGACGGAGAGUAAGAGCUGCGGCAGACUUCUUUUCCAGUGGGAGAGACUGCUCAAGAGUUGAAACAUGAGUAUGAAAUGCCUUACGUGUCACAGUGUGGAAAGUCCAUCGCACUCUUUUAGGAGUUACUCUGUUUCAAGUUCUGACAACGAUGGAAGAUGUUCUGCUAUUGCCAACUGCCUAGCCCGGCGGUCAUCUCUUAUACCCGCAGCGGCAAAUUCUUGUAUCACAUUGUCAUCGAAAGUGACCCCGCAACCAACAAUACCAAGCAACAACGGUAUGCCGGGCACCCCACGUCUCGUCCGAAGCCGUGCUGUGAGGAGGGAUCUUGUUAGAGACUGGAAUUUUGAUGAGGUUGUGAUGGAGCGUUGAUUUUGUUAGUUUAGGAAUAGGAAGGGUACAACCCUUUCGUCGUAUGAUAGGUUUAGAGCACGGUCUUGCUUUAUUUUUGUAAUUGUAUUUUGUAAUGGGUGCAAUCGAACUCACUUUUCCUGUGGAAGAGUUUGGGCAUUUGUAACCAUUUAAGAAAACCUGAAUUUUUUUCA